AUGAAGGAGGAGGUGGAGGAUGAGAUAGAUGUGAAGGUGAAGGUCGAAAUAAAGGUGGACAAGGUGGAGGCUGAGAUGAAGGAGGAGAUGGAGAUGGAGGUUGAGAUAGAUGUGAAGGUGAAGGUCGAAAUAGAGGUGGACAAGGUUGAGGCUGAGUUGAAGGAGGAGGUGGAGGUUGAGAUAGAUGUGAAGGUGGAGGUCGAAAUAAAGGUGGACAAGGUCGAGGUUGACAUGAAGGAGGAGGUGGAGGUGGAGGUUGAGAUGAAGGUGGAGGUCGAGAUAAAUUUGGAAAUGGAGGUCGAAAUGAUGAUCAAAAUGAAGAUAGAGGCCGAGUUAUUUGCUUGGAAUAAGUUUCAAGAUUGGUUGAUGGUAGUAUAA